CCGUGCUUUUACAUAGUAAAUCGAAAAUGGUAGCUCCAAAAUGUUAGAAUCUUUGCAAAUGUUUGUAUUCCUUUUUAAAUCAAAAUAUCGACGAAAAUCAAGAGUGUGCACGCAAUUUGUGAGUGCUGUGAUUGUUUUAAUAUUCGUUCAAUGUUUGUGUGUGACAGCCCAAAAGCGUUGUACUGAAUUGAAUUGUCUUAAUGGGGUGUGUAAAAACGAUACUUGUUUGUGCAAUGACGGAUGGCAGGGCCCCGAAUGCCAAUUCUGCGGUGGAAAAGUCAGAUUGGCAGAGCCCUUUGGGUCAAUUCACGAUGGCCCCGGAAACUAUUCGGUGGGAGUCAAAUGCUCCUGGUUAAUCGAUGCAAGGGGCUCCAACGAUCUGAUGCCACACAGUUUAUGGAGCAGCAAUUCUGCAACAUCCCCAAACCACACGAUAAGACUGCAUAUCGAAGAAUUUGCCACGGAGUGUGGUUGGGAUCAUCUGUAUGUCUACGAUGGGGACAGUGUGGACUCACCUUUGUUGGCUGUUUUUAGUGGUCUGAUGUACAAAGAUUCCUACUCGGUGAGAAGGGUGCCAGAGAUUGUAGCAAGAUCAGGUUCAGCCUUAUUGCAUUUUUUUUCGGACGAUGCUUAUAAUAUGUCCGGAUUCAAUGUUACUUAUAGAGUUGGUCCAAGUGCUUGUCCGACGAGAGACUCUAGUGUGAAUUGUUCAGGUCAUGGUGCCUGUAGCGAAGGUGUAUGCAUAUGUGAACCAGGUUGGUUGGGCUCAGCUUGCGAUCAACCAGUUUGUCCGGGAGAAUGUUCUGCUCAUCUGGGCCAAGGUGUAUGUGAUCAUGAACACAAGAGGUGCCAAUGUGGCAAAGGUUUCCGUGGUUCAGAUUGCUCCCAACAUGCAUCAAAGGGCUGGUGGAGAGCUGCUCGUGCCAAAGAUUUUGCACCACCAGGUUCAGCUGGACAUUGUGCGGUUGUUUGGAAAGAUUCCUUACAUGUUAUCGCAGGAGAGAGCUAUUCCAGGGCUAAUGCUCUUGUAUACACUUAUGACUUCAACGGUAACGUUUGGGAAACGGUCCACGCAGACAGAGGUGCCCCAUCUCCGUCACCUCGUUAUGGAGCCUCAGCUGUCAUCUACGGUGACAAAGUCUUUAUGUACGGAGGAGUUCUUUCGGCCUCUUCCUCGCAGACUUCUUCCAGUCAAGAUCAUGCUUCGAUGAAGUCAUGGGGCUCCCAGGGAUUGUACUCCAAUGAGCAUCCUCCCAAGUCGAGUGGUAGAAAGAGUGGUAUGCAUCACAGACUGAAUAGUGCGGACAGUCAUGGACAUGUCAUCGGGGGAGCUUGUAAUGAGUUGUGGGCUUACGAUGUUAGUGCUAAGACUUGGGAGAAUAUUACUGUGAGGAUUCCUUUGUCGGAGAAGUGUGAUGGGGUUAACUCUAUGUGUGGUCCUUUAAAAUCAGCAGGACACACAGCAACUCUGAUAACAUCCUACGACAUCAAAAAAUCGGAGAGCAUGAUCAUAAUUUUUGGGCACAGCCCUGAAUUUGGGUAUUUGAACACUGUUCAGGAAUUCAAUUUUGGUACCAGAGAGUGGAGGAUUUUGGAAACCAGAGGGUAUCCUGUAAAAGGAGGAUAUGGGCACAGUGCCAGCUAUGAUGAACUCACACAUAAAAUAUAUGUUUAUGGAGGUAUCAUUUCCGAGUCAGAAAGCAACCAAUACCUGACUUCAAAAUUAUACAGCUACGAGCCAAAAACUCGCAUUUGGAAACUUCUUACACCAGCUCCCAGUUCUCGGUUUCUGCAUACUGCCAAUUUUGUAUCGGAAGGUCUAAUGUUGGUCUUUGGUGGUAACACACACAACGACACCUCUCACAGUUUUGGAGCCAAAUGUUAUUCCAACGAACUUCUUGCCUAUGAUGUUGUCUGUGAUUCCUGGCACGAAUUGGAGAUUCCACGAGAGCUCCAUGCAGAUUUGGCAAGAUUUGGACAUUCGGCUGUACUUUUUGAGAGUGCUCUGUAUAUUUACGGAGGAUUUAAUGGACAGAUGUUGAGUGACAUGUUGAAGUACACGCCAGGAGAUUGCUCAAAGCUUUUGUCGGAGUUUGAAUGCCUAAACACGAGACCAGGAGUGAAGUGUGUGUGGGAUGUUAAAGACAUGAAAUGUAUCAAAGUCAAAGACAUUUCUGGUGAGUUUCUGUCCGGUUAUUACGAAGAAUACGAUGUCCGAUACAUGUUUUGUCCUGAAGAAGGUCGUACCAGCAAAGGUUUAAUGGAUCUCACGAACGAUGUAAGAUGCUCAGAGCAACAAGACUGCUAUUCAUGUGUUCAAAAUAAAUUCGACUGUGUCUGGUGCGUCCCCGGUGACCAGAUACAUCGUGCAGGGUGCUACAGAGAAAAAUGCAGAAAAGAUGUCACCACAAUUUCGGAUUGGAACAGGAGAAAGAUUAAGGAUUUGGAUGAGUGUCCGAGUGAUAAUGCACCGAUUUGUAAACAGUUGCAUACUUGUCACGCCUGCAGGGCUAACCGGGGAAAAUGCUCAUGGGAUUAUGAGAAUCCUAAAUGUAGGGCUGUGGAGAACCGGACCAUUGUUGCUAUUCAACCGGCAAGUGUAGAUAUUUUAUCGUCUUCUGUGGGUCAUCCUUCAGUAGAAAUCUCUGGAGGAAUUGAUCAUCCGUCUUUACUAGAAGGUGGGGCCUUAGAACAUCACGUAAAUGCACCUACGUCAAUGCAAUCAGUGGCGACUCCUCCAUGCUCGCCGCCUUGCUCAGAGUUAUCAUCUUGCCACAAUUGUACGCAGGAGGAAUGUAUAUGGUGUCAGAAUGAAGGUCGAUGUGUUGAUAAAAAUGCUUACACUGCCAGUUUUCCUUACGGACAAUGCAGGGAGUGGACUACAGUCACCAGUCGGUGUAGAUCAGCUGUACAAGGUGAGUCCCAAUGCACAUUCUAUUCAACCUGUGGUCAAUGUCUCGGAGAACCAGCUUGCGGCUGGUGCGACGAUGGCUCCGACACUGGCCUGGGGGCUUGUGUAGCCGGUGGUGCUUCUGGUCCUCAUCAGCAUCCUGCCCCAGAAGUCAGUUUAGGAACUUGGGAUGAAAGGGUUGAAGACGGGAAGCACAGUUGGUGUCCUGCAGAGAGGUGGCACUUUACUACUUGCCCGAGAUGUAUCAAAGUUAAAGACAUCUCUGGUGAGUUUCUGUCUGGUUAUUACGAAGAAUACGAUGUCCGAUACAUGUUCUGUCCUGAAGAAGGUCGUACCAGCAAAGGUUUAAUGGAUCUCACCAACGAUGUAAGAUGCUCAGAGCAACAAGACUGUUAUUCAUGUGUUCAAAAUAAAUUCGACUGCGUCUGGUGCGUUCCUGGUGACCAGAUACAUCGUGCAGGGUGCUACAGAGAGAAAUGCAGAAAAGAUGUCACCACAAUUUCGGACUGGAACAGAAGAAAGAUUAAGGAUUUGGACGAGUGUCCGAGUGAUAAUGCACCGAUUUGUAAACAGUUGCAUACUUGUCACGCCUGCAGGGCUAACCGGGGAAAAUGCUCAUGGGAUUAUGAGAAUCCUAAAUGUAGGGCUGUGGAGAACCGGACUAUCGUUGCUAUUCAACCGGCAAGUGUAGAUAUUUUAUCUUCUUCUGUGGGUCAUCCUUCAGUAGAAAUCUCUGGAGGAAUCGAUCAUCCGUCUUUACUAGAAGGUGGAGCCUUAGAACAUCACGUAAAUGCACCUACGUCCAUGCAAUCAGUGGCGACUCCUCCAUGCUCGCCGCCUUGCUCAGAGUUAUCCUCGUGCCACAAUUGUACGCAGGAGGAAUGUAUAUGGUGUCAGAAUGAAGGUCGAUGUGUUGAUAAAAAUGCUUACACUGCCAGUUUUCCUUACGGACAAUGCAGGGAGUGGACUACAGUCACCAGUAGGUGUAGAUCGGCUGUACAAGGCGAGUCCCAAUGCACAUUCUAUUCAACCUGUGGUCAAUGUCUCGGAGAACCAGCUUGCGGCUGGUGCGACGAUGGCUCCGACACCGGUCUGGGGGCAUGUGUAGCCGGUGGUGCUUCUGGUCCUCAUCAGCAUCCUGCCCCAGAAGUCAGUUUAGGAACUUGGGAUGAAAGGGUUGAAGACGGGAAGCACAGUUGGUGUCCGGCUGAGAGGUGGCACUUUACUACUUGUCCGAGUUGCCAAUGCAAUGGCCACAGUACUUGUUCAACGAACUCCUCAAUUUGUAGACAGCCCUGCGAUGGUCCCACAAUGGGAGAAAACUGUGAUAAAUGCCAAAAUGGAUACUGGGGUGACCCAGUCAAUGGAGGCACUUGCCAACCUUGUGAAUGCAACGGUCAAGCAAGUUUGUGCAAUAGUGAAACGGGUAAAUGUUAUUGCACUACUAAAGGACUCGCAGGUGACCACUGCGAGAAAUGUGAUGCCAAUAAUCAUUAUCAUGAGGAUCCUAACAAUAAAGGAUCCUGCUAUUAUGAUCUCACAAUAGAUUACCAAUUCACCUUCAACUUAUCUAAAAAAGAAGACCGGCACUACACCAAGAUCAAUUUUCGCAAUUCGCCCAUCAAGCCAGAUAUCGAUGCCGAUUUUACAAUAACGUGCAGCGUUUUAGCCAAAAUGAAUAUCUCAAUCAAGUCAGUACGAGGACUAGACAAGCCAAUUUUUCAAGCCAUGAAUUGCACACAAUUCAGACACAAAUUCAGCAAAGCCGAGUACAAUUUCGGAAUGGAGGACAAUGUCACUUUGACGACAUUCUAUGUGUCGGUUUAUGAUUUUCAGCCGCCGCUGUGGAUACAGAUAUCGUUUUCGCAGUAUCCGAAGUUGAAUUUACAACAGUUUUUUAUCACAUUUUCAACUUGUUUUUUACUACUGUUAUUAGUAGCUGCCAUUAUGUGGAAAAUUAAACAGAAGUGGGAUAUGUACAGACGACGACAAAGAUUGUUUGUCGAAAUGGAACAGAUGGCUUCAAGGCCAUUUUCACAGGUAUUAGUAGAAAUCGAAUCUAAGGACACGAUUUUAUUAAGUCAAGAUUCAAAUAAUAUAACAACUGUUAGGAAAAGAAAAAAGGACUCUCCGAGCCCCAUAGCCCUGGAGCCCUGCAACGGCAACCGUGCAGCCGUGCUUUCUCUCCUCGUAAGACUGCCGAGCGGUUCGCCGAGCACCGCCCUAAGUUCAUCCGUAAACACGCCGACGUCGCCCACAAACAACCAGUCCAGGUCCUGGUGUCAGCCUGCUGCCGGGUUGGCAGUGGCCAGCGCCCUGGUUACGCUGGGAAACCCCAGGAAGACCAGCGUCGACCAGGGCAUCGGGAAAGAUUUGAACAACUCGAACGUCACGGUGAACUCUGGGAAAAACGGCAAGAGGAAAAAUCAGAGUCAACAUCCUGCAGACGGAUGCAUAUGACUAUAGGUCGACGGUGUAAAGGACAUAGUGAUAAAGGAUUGUUUUGGUAACAGAUUUUUUUAUAUCAUUUCUAUCGAAUGACAAGAUUCGAUAGAAUCGUGUUUAUUAAAGGAUUGUUUUGUGUGGGUAAUGGUAACAGAUUUUUUUAUAUCAUUUGAAGGAAUGAUACAUCUUGAUCGUGUUCUUUUAUUUAUAAAUGACAUUUAGGUUGUGUGUAAAUAUUGAAAAAGACAAUUAUUAGGUUUUAAGAAAGAAUUUAAAGUGACAG